AAUUUGGGGGGUGUGGCAUUUCUCUGCAUAAAACACCAUCUGUUCCUUCACUUCUCACUCGCUCGAUCCUAUCUUUCACUUCUUGCUCGCCGUGAACUCCAGAAACACCAUGUCACAAAUCCAGCAAGGAAUGGCUUUGCUGAUUGCAGCCUUUCACAAAUACUCAGGAAAGGAGGGAGACAAACACACCCUGACCAAAGGCGAGCUCAAGGAUAUGCUCAAUACAGAGCUGAGCGACAUCCUCGGGAAAUCCGGUGACCAGGGAGCUCUGGACAAGAUAUUUAAGGAUCUGGAUGCAAAUGCAGAUGGCACUGUGGACUUUCAGGAGUACAUCACCUUGGUCGCCUGCAUCACUAUGCUUUGCAAUGAAUUUUUCAAAAAAAAAUGAUCUUGUCCUUGUCCUUACAGAAAGGGUUUAUCUGUAAAGCUAUGGUAUAUCUGAAACCAAAAAUAAAGAUUUUUAAUAUUUUGAA